AAUUCACUCUCCGCCAUAGGCAUUAGCAGCCAGCAAUCACCACCAAGCCCCACUCACUCACUUCGUUCAAUCCGCUCUGCUUCUGCGUCUGCUUCAAAACGCCAUAAACUUCGCCCUUCUCUCUGAUCUCUCGAUUCUCCUGGUCCUCCGCCGUCGUUCAUUGUCUCUUACCGAUCUUCAUCACAAUGGAGAGUUUUGCCCUCCAAUCUGUCUCCACCACCGCUUCCUUGCCCCGCCAUUCUCCCAUUUCUCGAAUUUCUCUCCUCCACCGCCGGAAAACCAUUCCCCAUUCCCAAUCCUUUCCCACUUCCCCUUGUUUAUAUCGCUCGGUUUCGCUAUUUCAAUCAGCCCCACCGAUCCCCCAAUCCCCCCUUUUCAUUUCCCGAUCUUCUUCCCUUUUCAAUCCGCUUUUCAAUCCCAAAUUGCGUCGAACCCAUCAAUUACGAACCAGUGCCUCUCAAUCACCGGAGAAGCAGCCACUGCCGCCGACCCCACUUCCUCAACAAGGUGCUAAACCAAUCCCUUUUCUGAUUUCCAUCGCAAUUGGUUUAAUUGUUCGUUUUGCCGUCCCGAAACCGGUGGAGGUUUCUGCCCAAGCGUGGCAGUUGCUCUCGAUUUUCUUGUCCACGAUUGCUGGACUCGUUUUGAGUCCCUUGCCGGUGGGUGCUUGGGCGUUUCUUGGCCUCACUAUGACUGUUGUUACUAAGACUUUGACGUUUGCUUCUGCUUUUAAUGCUUUCACUAGUGAGGUGAUUUGGUUGAUUGUUAUUUCAUUCUUUUUCGCUCGUGGGUUUGUCAAAACUGGGUUGGGGGAUCGAAUUGCGACGUAUUUUGUUAAAUGGAUGGGGAAGAGUACGCUUGGUUUGUCUUACGGUUUGACGUUCAGUGAGGCAUUGAUUGCCCCUGCUAUGCCCAGCACUACGGCCAGGGCUGGCGGUGUGUUCUUGCCCAUUAUCAAGUCCUUGUCGCUUGCUGCUGACAGUAAACCCAACGACCCAUCGUCUAAAAAGAUCGGUGCUUAUCUAAUUCAGUCUCAGUUUCAGAGUGCUGGUAACUCUAGUGCCCUUUUCCUAACUGCUGCUGCUCAAAACUUAUUGUGCCUUAAACUGGCUGAAGAACUUGGUGUCCAAAUAUCUAGCCCCUGGCUUACUUGGGCCAAAAUUGCUAGUGUGCCAGCCAUCAUUUGUCUCUUAACAACUCCAGCAAUCUUAUACAAGCUGUUUCCUCCCGAAACCAAGAACACACCCGACGCCCCAGCCAUGGCGACGAAAAAGUUGGAGGCUAUGGGUCCUGUCACCAAAAAUGAAUGGGUCAUGGUCGGUACCAUGCUUAUUGCAGUCUCGUUAUGGAUAGCUGGAGAGGCCCUUCAAAUUCCUAGUGUUGUAGCUGCAAUGAUUGGUUUAUCAACACUCCUUACACUCGGAGUCCUAAACUGGGAAGACUGCUUAGCCGAAAAGUCGGCCUGGGACACGUUGGCUUGGUUUGCUGUCCUCGUGGGCAUGGCGGGCCAAUUGACGAGUCUCGGUCUGGUUGGCUGGAUGUCCAAUUGUGUGGCCAGUUUGUUGACAUCUCUCUCUCUCAGCUGGCCUGCAGCUUUUGCUAUUCUUCAGCUAUCUUACUUCUUUGUUCACUACCUCUUCGCAAGCCAAACCGGUCACGUCGGAGCUUUAUACUCGGCAUUCCUUGCGAUGCACUUGGCUGCCAAGGUGCCCGGGGUAUUAGCAGCUCUCGCCUUAGCUUACAACACGAAUCUCUUUGGCGCUCUGACUCAUUACAGCAGUGGUCAAGCUGCUGUAUACUAUGGAGCGGGUUAUGUCGACCUACCAGACGUAUUCAAAAUCGGGUUCGUGAUGGCGCUCGUAAACGGUAUUAUCUGGAUUGUGGCUGGAGGUAUUUGGUGGAAGGUUCUUGGUCUAUACUGAACAUGAAAUCUUGAAUCCAAAGAGUCUUUUGUUUUGUACAUGCUCUGCUCAGUCUUUGGGUACCCACCGGAAGUCCUGACCCAAUUGUUUCUCCUUCUUCUCUCUGGCUCUACUGAUGGUGGCAUUGAUAAAGAUUUAGAUUAAAUUUUGCCUUGUCUUAUAACCUUUUCAAACAGUGAAAAGGGAAAUUGAUGAUGAAUUAAAUCCAUAAUUUGGUGGAAAACAAUCUGAAAAGCUGAGUUUCUGAA